UCCUUUCUAGGAGAUCUUAUAAUUUCUGCCAGUGUUCACCUAAUGCAUGCUAUAAUGGCCAUUUCUAUUUGAUUAAUGAGCCGUUUGACUCGGCUACAGCUAAAGCAAAAGCAAAAGCAACAGCAGCAGUUGAAGAAGCUGUGCCCUUAGCCGAAAUCAUGGUAAAAAGGCGAGGGUAUUUCGUCUUGGAACUGGCAACAAUUUGCCCGGUUCUCAUGGGCUAAGUAACUUUCGGCCGUCAAACUAAUAAGCCACCUCAUCGCCAUCUAAUCUCAUCGCAUCAUCUCAUCGCCCAUCUCUCAACCAUAAUCCGUGUGAAAAUAAUAAUAAUCGGCGGCAGCUUCAUCAUGGUGGAGAUACAAAAGCCGCACUCGGCCCUAAAAAGACCAUCAGUUAUACGGGAAACGGUCGUUGUUAACAACAGUGCGCCGACCAUCAAAAAGGUGACUUUGGUGCCCAAGGACGAGGAACUGGUGGCCAUUUCUCCGGAGCGCCGCAACUGGCGUGGCAUCUUCAUCGCCCUGCUGGUGAUUGCCGCCGUCUUCAGCCUGAUCAUAUUCUCGAUCUUCCUGCUGUCGCCGGAGGAUGAGGGCCUGAGGAUCCGGGGUCGCCGGAUGCUGCCCAGCGACAUCCUGGGCAGGAGUCUGCAGUGGAAGCCCUUCAACGGCACCUGGAGCAAUGGUCGUGAGCUCAUUUAUCGCGAUCCCACGGGCGGCCUGUCCAUACUCAAUAUGGCCGAUCUCACCACACGCAUUCUUAUGACCAAUUCCACAUUCCGCCAACUAAAUGCGGAGUCGUUUCUUGUGGCACCUGACCAAAAAUACGUGCUCCUGCAAUCGGACAGCAAUGCCGAGGGCUCCAGACAUCACGUAUACGAGGUGCAGACGGCCAACACAUUUCCGCUGGGACCAACGGAGAAUAUAGCGGAGGCGCCACGCCUCCAACAUGUGGUGUGGGCGCCGGUGAAUCCGCCACCACCGCUGGCCGCUCCACCACCCAGUGGUGCCAAUGGUGCCACCACCACGAUGGCUCCUCUGCCCAGCGGCAGCAUAAUCCUGAACAGCCUGGCGGGGGCGGCCAAUGGGCCAGGAUCGACGGGAUCCCCCGGCUCCAACGCCGCCAAUCCCAAUCCCAAUCCCAAUGGCAAGGCCACUGGGCACACAUUGAACCAGGCCAUCGCCUUUGUCCAUCACAACGACAUAUACUACAAGCCCAAAGUGCAGGGCGAACUCGUCUGCCGGAUAACGCAGACGGGGUCGGGAUCGGGAUCGCCGGAGGGAGAGUCCCUGGGUGGCGUGGUCUUCAAUGGUGUCCCCGAUUGGACCUACGAAAAUGUUCCAGAGCUCGAGAGCCGGAGGAGCAGCAUGGAGUUCUCGCCGGACGGACUCUAUUUGGCCUUUCUCAGCUACAAUGACAGCGAGGUCAACGAGUACAAGUACACUUGGAUGGGCGACGACAUCAAGUAUCCGUCGGUGAUGAGCCAGCGCUACCCGAAGACGGGCUCCCGCAAUCCGAACGUGACGGUGAACGUGGUGAACCUGUCGGUGAUCAAGUACAUAUUCCCCACGCAGAUCAAGCUGCCCAGCGAGCUGGCCAACGGGAGCUAUGUGGGCGGACUGACCUGGGCCUCGGCCGGCGACCUCUCGGUGACGGUGACCAAUCGGGAGCAGACCAAGGCCACCACCGUGUUGUGCCGGGCGCCGCACUUCCACUGCCACUCGGUGCACACGGAGGUGACCAUCAACGAUGGCUGGGUGCUGCCGGCGGAGCGACCCAUCUUCUCGGCCCGCAACCAGGUGCAGCGGCAGGUGCCGGGCAAGCUCGUCCCGGGUGCGGAGGAGGUGCUCCCGGAGAGCCAGGUGAAUGUGACCGCGGGACAGAUGGCUGGCCAGACGACGCACGAGAUCAGCAAUGGCGGAUACCUGCUGAAGCGAUUGCCCGUGCGGGAUGGCGAGCACGGUCACUAUCGGCACGUGGUGUUCAUAUCCUCGCUGGACCGACGACCCGUUCCAUUGACCAUGGGCCGCUUCGAGGUCACCGAGAUCGUGGGAUGGGAUGAGCCGCACGAGAUCGUCUACUUCAUGGCCGCGCCGGAGAAGAGGCCCGGCGAAAGGCACCUGUACAAGAUCAGCCUGAAGCUGAAUGUCACCGAAUCGAACCGGACCUACAUCACCUCCACAUCGCCCACCUGUUUGACCUGCGACAACACCGAGUCCACCUAUCGGCUGCACCGGGCCAGGAUCUCGCAGAGGGGCGAUCGGUGGGAGGACAUAGUGGCUCGGCUGGAGCCAGACGAUUGCCUCUACGAUAUACCCAAGAACUGCCUGUACAAUCGGGUGCAGUUCAGCCAGGACUACAGCUACUAUGUGCAGGAGUGCCUCGGACCCGAGGCACCCAGUGUCUACCUCGUGGAGACGGCCAGCAAUGACAAGAUCUACGUGCUGAAUGCCGGCGAUGUCCUGCGCCACCGGCUCUCCCAGCUGGCCAUUCCGCAGUCGCGCACCUUCAGCGUGGAGAUCCGACAUGGCUUCCACGCCCAGGUGCGCCUCUUCCUGCCACCCGGAAUGCGGGAGGAGGAGGACGUGGCCUUCCCACUGGUGCUGCACGUUGACGCCUCGCCAGGAUCUCAGCUGGUGACAGAGCGCUUCCACGUGGACUGGAACUGGUAUUUGGCCAGCCAGCGGAGCUUCAUCGUGGCCCAGAUCGAUGGGCGUGGCAGUGGGUUCCAGGGCGAACUCCUCCGCACCCAAGUCCAUGGAAAACUGGGCACCGUCGAGGUGGAGGAUCAACUGGGCGUCCUGACAUACUUGCGGGACAACCUGAAGUUCAUCGAUCCCCUGAGGAUCUGCGCCUUUGGCUGGGGCUACGGCGGCUACGCCUCCUCCAUGAUGCUCAUCGACGACUCGCAGCAGGUGCUCCAGUGCGCGGUGGCCAUCAAUCCCAUAGUCAACUUUGGAUUCCACUAUUCCUUCUUCACGGAGCGCUACAUUCCGCUGAAGGGCGACUACUUGCGGGCUCUCCAGGAGGCGGACCUCACGAUGAAGGCGGGCAACAUCAAGGGGCGCAACCUGAUGCUGAUGCACGGCACCGCGGACACCCUGGUGCACCAGGAGCACACAUUGAUGCUGGUGCGGGCACUGGUGGAGCAGCAGGUGAAGUUCCGGCACCAGGUGUACCCCGACGAGGAUCACGCCAUCGCCAGGUCGCUGGGCCACGUCUACAAGACGAUGGAGUGGUACUUCGAUGAGUGCUUCGGCCCCGUCGACGACAACGAGUGGGACCCCACGGGUCUGUUUGUGUUCAAGCAAUAAU